CCGCAGUCGAAGACACUACAACGCUGGCAGUCCAAGACACUACAACGCUGGCAGUCGAAGACACGACAACGCUGGCAGUCGUCGAUUGACGAACGCAAGAGAUGCAGGCGCAAGCAGCGCAGAACGGGGUUCACGCAGUGAACCCCAGGAAAAGAAGAAGGAGAAGACAGCUCGACCGGCCGUCCAUCUCGGCGCGUCUGCUGCUCGACGGACGGCUGAAGGGUGAAGUGGGCGUCUUGAGCGAGGAUCUGUUCGAGGACCUGUUUGGGAAGGGCGCUGGAGCGAACACGACCGCCUGCCACGUCGCAAUGACCCCGUGGCUGCCGAGCGCCGCCGCCGCGUCCCCGAGCGUGCCCUGGACGAUUCUGGCUGUGAGAGUCGCGGAGAAGAGCGACUCGCCUGGUGCGCGCCCGCACUCGUCGCUGCAGAUGCCGGCCUCGGCCCUCGCGCUGCAGUCGUUCUCGCAGCGUCUGCACAGCCUGGCGCCGAACAGGACACAGCGCCGAGACGCGGCGAUUGAGGUGCGCCUCCACCACGUCGUCCCGCUGGGCUUGGACACGGUCUACGUCACCCUGGACACGGAGGCGCUGCGGGCGCUGGACGACGUGCACGCCAGGUUCGGCGGCGGCUUCGUGACCGCGGCGAACGGCGCGGCGAACGGCGCGGCGAAGGGGCCCAAGAGCCGCAGUGGCAGGACAGCGCAUCGGGCAGACGACGCGGCGCAGGAGCUCGCCUGGCGGACGGCCGUGCGAGAAGCAUUGCAGUCGCCGACGGUGCUGCGUGCCGGCGACCUGCUUGCCCUGCCGCUGCCGGCCCAUCCCAUCACACACGUCCCGCCGCCGGCGGCCCGGAUCACGGCCUGCGAGCCCGUGUCGCAGGGCCUCUUGCUGCCCAGCACGCGCGUUGUCGUCCUGCAUUCGCAUCGCAGCCCCAAAGCCGCCAUCCCGCCGCCCGUCAGAGCAGCACCGCUCGCAAGCUCGUUCGACCACAGCGAAGCCGAAGACACGUCCAACGACGCCUUCUACACGGCGGACGAGCGCGGCGACUCGCGAGACGCUAGCCCGCCAGACGACGAGUCUGCAGACAACCUCGACUCGGACUUCUCGGGCUCCGAUGCCGGGGACUUGUCCGACUCGUCGGACGAUAUCAUAUCGCUGAGCGCGCCCAUGCUGCCGCCGCAGUCUUCUGGCGUGCUCUCAGCUUUCACCUCGGCUACCCCGCGCCCUGGCAACUUCCGCACAACCGGCAUUGCGACGCCGGGGUCCGUCUUCUCCAGCUUCACAGCUACCAGCACCGUCCGGGGAGCGGCGUCCUCGAAGAGCAAGGUCUUCAAGGCCCAUGGAUUGCUGCAGAGCAUCUCGGACGAGUUGGUGCAUCCCAAGCCGGGCAGCGACGAUGACGAGGAGGCCCGUGUCUUGGUUGACACCAACACUCUGGUCAAGGUUGGGUGCUUCUCUGGUGACUGGGUGAAGAUCGAGGCCUCGGAGGAGCCAUCAGGCCACGCCUUCUGGGGACUCGGCUCUUUUGGAGGACCGCAGGAGGAAGAGAGCUCCAACUGGCGCCCAGUCCGAGUGUACGGUCUCCCAGAGAACCUGUCGAAGAAGGUGGCAAGGUACCCCGUGAACAAGCCUGAGAGCGGCCAUCGAAGAAUGAGCAUCUCCAGCUUUUCCGGCCCAGCCAGUACCCCGCUUCCAGCAUACCUCUCUCCUAUUCUGCUGGCCAAUCUUGGAAGCCCGUCACAUGUGCGCAUCACACCCUUGGUCGCGCCACACGUACCGGGUGUGCCGCGAACAGCGCUGCAGAAGCCGCGUCUGACCAGCUCCUCCCUACCGCCAUGCGCGAAAGAGGUCACUCUCCUGAAAGUCUCGACGCCCCUCUCAUCCGAACGCCUGCUGCAGCCAAGUCUGUUUGCUGCACUAAAGGAACACUUUGAGCAAAAGCGACGAGUUGUGAAGAGCGGCGACUUGAUUGGUGUUUCUAUCGAUGAAUCACUCGGGCGAGCUGUCUUCCAGACUUCUACCGAAGACGAUACCGGGAGCGAUGAGCUGUUGUCCUCUACUGCCAGAAAGAGCGCCGAGGAAAGCAACGCCGUCGACAGCGCGAACCCCAAGGUCGUAGCAUGGUUCAAGAUUGGCAACAUUGCGUCCAAGACGGCGCAACCCAAGGAAGGUGAAGAAGCAGACAUGUGGGGCGGUGCAGCUACCGUGGAUGCGGCUAGCACAAAGAUGGAAAUGAACGGUAGCGAGCAAGGCAAGACGCCAGCGCCCAUUGGCAAUGCCUGGCAAUACUACCUUGGGGCGAAACGAACGCCAGCCGCCGCAUCGCAGAAGCUGAUGGCGAUGGAUGAACUUCCCAAGCCUUUCAUCUCACCCCUUCGCAGGCGGUUGAGAGAGUUGAUGUCAGUGGCGACGAGCCCGAGGGCUAUUCACCUGGGACUCCCCCCAGUCGCUAUUCUUCUCACCUCCACUCAGCGAGGCAUUGGCAAGGCUGCCAUAUCAACAAAGGCCUGCGAGGAUCUGGGCUUGCACACCUUUGCUAUCGACGCUUUCGACAUCGUCACCGAGGGUGGUGCAGGAGGUGGCGACGUCAAGACUGAGGGCUUUUUAAAGGCCAGAGCUGAGCGAGGUCUCAGCUGUGGAGCCGAGUUCACCGCUUUGCUUCUCAAGCACGUCGACGCACUCACGGCCGACCGGAUGAACACAGCCCUCAAAGAAAUACUGGCUGACUCGAGGGUGCUGAUUGCCACAACGACGGAGAUUGACAAGGUGCCCGAGGGCAUCCGCGGGCUGUUCACUCACGAGCUAGAGAUGACAGCACCCGAUGAAGGCGAACGAGAAGGCAUUCUGCGCAGCAUCAUCGACGACGCUGGAAUCCGGCUAUCUCCCGACGUCGACCUUGGCAACAUCGCCGUGAAGACUGCGGCGUUGGUCGCUGGCGAUCUUGUCGAUGUGGUGGACAGAGCGGUCGUUGCGAAGCGCACCCGCAUCGAGGAGCUUGCAGCAACGGCGAGCAAAGCCUCGUUAUCGGGCGAAGUUGUCACAGCCAGAGACAUUGAGCUUGCAGGCGGCCACUCUAGCAACAGCCUCACCAAAGCUGACCUUGACGGCGCUGUGGACGCGGCAAGAAAGAACUUUGCCGAUGCGAUUGGCGCCCCCAAGAUCCCCAAGGUCGGCUGGUCAGACGUCGGGGGUAUGUCCCACAUCAAGGACGCAGUCAUGGAGACGAUCCAAUUGCCACUAUCCCGACCAGAGCUGUUUGCCAAGGGCAUGAAGAAGCGCAGUGGUAUCCUCUUCUACGGACCGCCUGGAACCGGAAAGACGCUCCUCGCAAAAGCCAUUGCUACCGAGUUUUCUCUCAACUUCUUCAGUGUCAAGGGUCCGGAGCUGCUCAACAUGUACAUUGGCGAGUCGGAAGCCAAUGUGCGGCGUGUCUUCCAGCGUGCUCGUGACGCCAGGCCCUGUGUCGUCUUCUUCGACGAACUGGACUCUGUGGCGCCUAAGCGCGGGAACCAGGGUGAUAGCGGUGGCGUCAUGGAUCGCAUUGUCUCUCAGCUGCUCGCAGAACUAGACGGCAUGAGCGAUGGCGGCGAAGGCGUGUUCGUUAUUGGCGCAACCAACCGUCCUGAUCUGCUUGAUCAAGCGUUGCUCCGUCCCGGACGAUUCGACAAGAUGCUGUACCUCGGCGUCUCAGACACGCACGAGAAGCAGCAGACCAUUCUGGAGGCGUUGAGCAGGAAAUUCACACUCCAUCCUGACCUCUCACUCGCCCGCGUCUCGCAAGGUCUCCCCUUCACAUACACCGGUGCAGACAUGUACGCGCUCUGCUCGGACGCGAUGCUCAAAGCCAUCACCCGGCAGGCGCGCGCCGUGGACAGAAAAGUCAAAGCACACAACGACUCGCACGACCAAAAAAUCUCCAUCGCGUACUUCUUCGACCACCUCGCCACAGACGAGGACACAGCCGUCAUGGUCACGGAACAGGACUACAUGGACGCGCACAAGGAGCUCGUGCCGUCCGUCAGCGCGGACGAACUCCGCCACUACGAUCGCGUGCGACGCACCUUCGAGGGCGCCGGCAAGCAGGAAGACAAGAAACAGAUCGAGGCCCCGCCGACGACGAAUGGGAUCGCUUCAAGCGCCAAGGGCAAGGGCAAGGCUGUCGCUCCCGCGCACGAAGAGGACGCGCUCGUCAUACACACUGAGAACGUCGACCUCAAUGGCGACACCAACACAGCGCCUGCCGGCAGCGGCAGCGGCAGCGGCAACAGCAAUGGCAAUGGAAAGGGGAAGGGCAAAGCACCAGCCGGCCAUGCAGGCAGGAGCAGUGUGGACAUGGCCCAAGGCGGGUUCGGCGACGCGGGGGAUGACGACGACUUGUACGCGUGAGAUUUUGUAGCGUCGAAUUCUACUUCUCGGUCGCCUGCGUUUGCACGCCCCCUUCUUUCUCUGAUAUGUCGUGGCGGAGCCUGUGCUGCGCUUUUGCUUUUACUUGCUGAGUUGUGUCUGCUUUGUUGCCGUGCGUCGCUUCGAGGCGGUGUUUUGGAACUGGCUGAGACUAUGAGGUGAGGCGGGUUGAGCGCGAGUGAGGAGAGGGGUAUCGGGUGUUUUGGUAUUGGGAUGGGAUGGGAUGGGAUGGGCGGACACAAAGGUCGAUCAUGGAUGCAUGGACUCGUGGGCUGGCUUGGGAGUAAGGAUAAAGAUGCGGGCAGACCGGGCGAUGCUGGCCCUGCAAUGCUCGAAGCAAAUCAUACUUUCAGGUACAUUUG